AUGGCUAUCAAACUGGUAUUUUUCGCUCUCGCAGUUUUCACUGUUUUAGCAACAGAUGAAAACGAAAUUAAUCAAAGAACCGGCAUCAUCAAAGACCUCCACGAUAAACUACAUAUACAAAGGAGUCAUACUUUAUACCGACAUCGUGAGGCUGUCGAGAGACAUGUAGGAAGUGGGCAUAAACAAGGUGGAUACCAACAUGGUAAAAAAAAUGGAGCCAACAAAAAAAUUGAUUAUGGUGGCUUGCAUACAGGAGAAAAAAAAAGUGAGAAGGGAUUGAAUAUAGAAAUGAAAAGUGGCUCUAGACAUCAACAAAGUGUUCAAAUUGGCUUAAACGUAACUGCUGAACGGGAAGCCAAUGUAGAACUGCAAGGUAGUUCGGAUCAUCAACAGGGCGGGAAUAAACAUAGUGAAAUCAACGUCGGUCUGCAACAGAAUACAACUACUAAGCACCAAGUAGCUGGUCAUGCCGAAUCUAAUGUAACUGUUGAAGGAGGACUCAAAGUCGAGCAGCAAAGUGGUUCAGAACCUAAAACGAUUGUACAUCAAGAAGACAAUAAGAAUGGAGCCACCAAAAAAAUUGACGGCUUGGAUAAAGGAGAAGAAAAAAGUGAAAAGGAAUCGAAGGUGGAAAUUGAAGGCAGCUCUAAACGUCAACAAGCUAUUCAAGUCGGCUCAAACGUAACUGCUGAACGAGAAGUCAAUGAAAAAUUGCAAGGUAGUUCGGGUCAUCAACAGGGCGAGAAUAAACAUGGCAAAAUCAACGCCGAACUCCAACGAAAUACAACUACUAAACACCAAGUAGCUGGUCAUGCCGAAUUGAAUGUAACUGUUGAAGGAGGACUGAAAGUCGAGCAGAAAAGUGGUUCUACAGUUGAAAUGAUUGUACAUCAAGAAGGCAACAAGAAUGGAGUCACCAAAAAAAAUGAUCAUGGCGGCUUGCAUGAUGGGGAGGUAAAUCGUGAUAAGCAACUGAGUGUGGAAAUUGAAGGCACCUCUAAACGUCAACAAGCUAUUCAAGUUGGUUUAAACGUAACUGCUGAACGAGAAGUCAAUGAAAAAUUGCAAGGUAGUUCGGGUCAUCAACAGGGCGAGAAUAAACAUGGCAAAAUCAACGCCGAACUCCAACGAAAUACAACUACUAAACACCAAGUAGCUGGUCAUGCCGAAUCUAAUGUAACUGUUGAAGGAGGACACAAAGUCGAGCAGCAAAGUGGUUCUGAACCUAAAACGAUUGUACAUCAAGAAGACAAGAACGGAGCCAUAAAAAAAAAUGACGGCUUGCAUAUAGGGGAAGUAAAUCGUGAAAAAGAACUGAGUGUGGAAAUUGAAGGCAGUUCUAAACGUCAACAAGCUGUUCAAGUUGGCUUAAACGUAACUGCUGAACGGGAAGCCAAUGUGGAACUGCAAGGUAGUUCGAAUCAUCAACAGAGCGGGAAUAAACAUGGCAAAAUCAACGCCGAACUCCAACGAAGCACAACUACUAAACACCAAGUAGCUGGUCAUGCUGCAUUGAAUGUAACUGUUGAAGGAGAACUCAAAGUCGAGCAGCAAAGUGGUUCUACUGUUAAAACGAUUGUACAUCAAGUAGGCAACAAGAAUGGAGCCACCAAAAAAAUUGACGACUUGGAUAAAGGAGAAGAAAAAAGUGAAAAGGAAUCGAAGGUGGAAAUUGAAGGAAGCUCUAAACGUCAACAAGCUGUUCAAGUUGGCUUGAACGUAACUGCUGAACGGGAAGCAAAUGUGGAACUGCAAGGUAGUUCGGAUCAUCAACAGAGCGGGAAUAAACAUGGCAAAAUCAACGCCGAACUCCAACAAAAUACAACUACUAAACACCAAGUAGCUGGUCAUGCCGAAUCUAAUGUAACUGUUGAAGGAGGACUCAAAGUCGAGCAGCAAAGUGGUUCUACAGAUAAAACGAUUGUACAUCAAGUAGGCAACAAGAAUGGAGCCACCAAAAAAAUUGACGGCUUGGAUAAAGGAGAAGAAAAAAGUGAAAAGGAAUCGAAGGUGGAAAUUGAAGGAAGCUCUAAACGUCAACAAGCUGUUCAAGUUGGCUUAAACGUAACUGCUGAACGGGAAGCCAAUGUGGAAUUGCAAGGUAGUUCGGAUCAUCAACAGAGCGGGAAUAAACAUGGCAAAAUCAACGCCGAACUUCAACGAAAUACAACUACUAAACACCAAGUAGCUGGUCAUGCUGCAUUGAAUGUAACUGUUGAAGGAGAACUCAAAGUCGAGCAGCAAAGUGGUUCUACAGUUAAAACGAUUGUACAUCAAGUAGGCAACAAGAAUGGAGCCAUCAAAAAAAUUGACGGCUUGGAUAAAGGAGAAGAAAAAAGUGAAAUGGAAUCGAAGGUGGAAAUUGAAGGCAGCUCUAAACGUCAACAAGCUGUUCAAGUUGGCUUAAACGUGACUGCUGAACGGGAAGCCAAUGUGGAACUGCAAGGUAGUUCGGAUCAUCAACAGAGCGGGAAUAAACAUGGCAAAAUCAACGCCGAACUCCAACAAAAUACAACUACUAAACACCAAGUAGCUGGUCAUGCCGAAUCUAAUGUAACCGUUGAAGGAGGACUCAAAGUCGAGCAGCAAAGUGGUUCUACAGAUAAAACGAUUGUACAUCAAGUAGGCAACAAGAAUGGAGCCACCAAAAAAAUUGACGGCUUGGAUAAAGGAGAAGAAAAAAGUGAAAAGGAAUCGAAGGUGGAAAUUGAAGGAAGCUCUAAACGUCAACAAGCUGUUCAAGUUGGCUUAAACGUAACUGCUGAACGGGAAGCAAAUGUGGAACUGCAAGGUAGUUCGGAUCAUCAACAGAGCGGGAAUAAACAUGGCAAAAUCAACGCCGAACUCCAACAAAAUACAACUACUAAACACCAAGUAGCUGGUCAUGCCGAAUCUAAUGUAACUGUCGAAGGAGGACUCAAAGUCGAGCAGCAAAGUGGUUCUACAGAUAAAACGAUUGUACAUCAAGAAGACAACAAGAAUGGAGCCACCAAAAAAAUUGACGGCUUGGAUAAAGGAGAAGAAAAAAGUGAAAAGGAAUCGAAGGUGGAAAUUGAAGGAAGCUCUAAACGUCAACAAGCUGUUCAAGUUGGCUUAAACGUAACUGCUGAACGGGAAGCAAAUGUGGAACUGCAAGGUAGUUCGGAUCAUCAACAGAGCGGGAAUAAACAUGGCAAAAUCAACGCCGAACUCCAACAAAAUACAACUACUAAACACCAAGUAGCUGGUCAUGCCGAAUCUAAUGUAACUGUCGAAGGAGGACUCAAAGUCGAGCAGCAAAGUGGUUCUACAGAUAAAACGAUUGUACAUCAAGAAGACAACAAGAAUGGAGCCACCAAAAAAAUUGACGGCUUGGAUAAAGGAGAAGAAAAAAGUGAAAAGGAAUCGAAGGUGGAAAUUGAAGGAAGCUCUAAACUUCAACAAGCUGUUCAAGUUGGCUUAAACGUAACUGCUGAACGGGAAGCAAAUGUGGAACUGCAAGGUAGUUCGGAUCAUCAACAGAGCGGGAAUAAAUAUGGCAAAAUCAACGCCGAACUCCAACAAAAUACAACUACUAAACACCAAGUAGCUGGUCAUGCCGAAUCUAAUGUAACUGUUGAAGGAGGACUCAAAGUCGAGCAGCAAAGUGGUUCUACAGAUAAAACGAUUGUACAUCAAGAAGGCAACAAGAAUGGAGCCACCAAAAAAAUUAACGGCUUAGAUAAAGGAGAAGAAAAACGUGAAAAGGAAUCGAAGGUGGAAAUUGAAGGAAGCUCUAAACGUCAACAAGCUGUUCAAGUUGGCUUAAACGUAACUGCUGAACGGGAAGCCAAUGUAGAACUGCAAGGUAGUUCGGAUCAUCAACAGGGCGAGAAGAACCAUGGCAAAAUGAACGCCGAACUCCAACGAAAUACAACUACUAAACACCAAGUACCUGGUCAUGCUGGCUUAAAUGUAACUGUUGAAGGAGGAGUCAAUGUUGUAUCGCAAGGUAGUGCUGAAUAUCAACAAGGUAGUUACGGACGAAGCAAAAUGAAUAGCACAGACAAACAAGAUGAUCAUGGUAAAUAUAAUGUAGGAUUUGAUCACAAAGGAUUGAAGAUAGAAAUGAAAAGUAAUUCUGGCCAUCAAUACAUUGGUAAAGUUGCAUUGAAUCGUACUGUUGAAGGAGUCAAUGUGCAUCUGCAAGCUAAAACAAGACAUCAUAAAGGCGAACACAAAGAAAGCGGAAUUCAUACAACUUUUAAAGAAGGCGGAACUUCUAGACAACAGCAACGUAAUCAUAGUGUAUCGAAAAUAGGACCUUAUGGCGAUCACAAAGGUUUGAAUCUAGAAUCGAAAGGUGGUUACCGAUAUCAAAAACACAUUCAUCAGAGUGGACAUAAAGUAGGAAUGAAAGACAAUCACAGUGGAUGGAAUCUAGCAUUGGAACGUGAUUCCAGGCAUCAACAAGGCGGACACAAACGACAUGACAUCCCUGGCAGAUUGAAUGUAGGGGUUAAAGAAGGAUUGAAUAUACAAUCACAAGGUAAUUCUGUACAUCAAAAUUGGAAACAUCAGCAAGGGAAAAUCUAUGGUGGACAUCAACAUAGCGGUCGUAGUAAAUUGAAUGUAGGAAUAGAAAGCGGUCAUAGAGAAUUGAAUGUAGAACGGCAAGGUAAUUCUAGAAAUCAACGGGUCGGACACAAAUGGAACGGAAUUCAUUCGAAUCUUCGACAAGACGCAACUACUAGAACUAGUGGAUAUCAACAAGAUAUCAACAAGUAUGAUGGCUUGAAUAUAGGAGUGAGGCCGCCUCAUAGUAGAUCGAAUAUAAAAGCAAAAGGUAAUUCCAGAUAUCAACAAGUUGGUCAAGUAAACUUAAAUGUAAAGGUUAAAGAUGGACCCAAUGUGGAACUGCAAAGUGGCUUUCAACAAAAACAUAAUAAACAGAAAAAUAAAGGAAUCAAUGCAAAACUCCUACAAGAAAAAACUACUCGAUACCAUCAAGUUGGUCAGCGUGUAUAUAAAGUAGGAGUAAAAGAAGGUCAGAAGGGUUUAAACGUAAAAUCAGAAGGUGUUUCUAGACAUCAAAAAAAGGGUAAUUAUGGCAGAUCCCCACUAGAUAGAGCUAAUGAACACCAACACGAUGGUCAUGAUGAAUUUAAUGUAGCAGUAGAAGGUCAGAAUGGAUCCAAGAUACCAUUAAAAGAUAGCUCUGAAUAUUAG